AAACUUACCACCAAAUUAACCAAACUGUCUCCUUAUAUAUAUGUACGUUACACAUGAAUAUGAUACUAUAUAUAAAUAUAGUUGACCCUAUUAUUCCUCUCACAAAUAUCAUAUCCUCCGAUUAAACUAGUGAAACUAAACAAGUUCCAAAUUAUUUCAUUCCCCUUUCCUAGCUAGACCCACCUACUUCCUAUUCCUUAAUUUCUCAUUUCAUUCAUUUCCCCACGUGCCAAAAAAAAACCUUGCUUUUCUUGCAAACAACACCACCACCAAACAUGGCAUCAUCAUCAUCAUUAUCAUCAUCAAAGAGGCAUCCAUUGUACCAUGGAAUCCGUUGCCGUGGAGGAAAAUGGGUUACUGAAAUCCGCGAACCGCGAAAAACAAACCGCAUAUGGCUGGGGACGUUCCUGACUCCGGAGAUGGCGGCCGCAGCCUACGACGUGGCGGCGUUGGCCCUGAAAGGCGGCGAGGCGGUUCUCAACUUCCCUGACUCGGUUGGCGGGUAUCCGGUGCCGGCAUCCAAAUCGCCUGCGGACAUUCGCACCGCUGCCAUUGCUGCAGCAGAACUCAUGAAGCCUGAAGCAAGCCACAACAACAACAACGUUAAUGCAUCAACAACAAAUGAGGCAGAAGUAGUUCAGUAUGAUAACAAUAACGUUUUCACUUCGUUUGAUACUGAGUUUAUGGACGAGGAGGCCAUAUUUUCCAUGCCAAGUUUGCUGGUCGAUAUGGCUGGGGGAAUGUUGCUAUCUCCUCCCAGAAUGAGCCCUCCCUCCGAUGACUCAACCCAAAGUUAUGUUGGAGAAACUUUGUGGAACUUUUGAUCCCUCUAUAAUAUAAAUCAAUUAAUUAAACUAAUAUAAUGGGAUUAAUAGGAAAAUUUGGUUAUAUUAUAUGGUAUCGAAGUGAGAACUUGGAUAUAAUUAAUAUGUAAAUUAAUUAAAUUGAGAACUAAGGGUAGUAAAACUAAGGCAGGGCUACUUUGUUCUGAGACCAUGUGUCUGUGUGUUUUAGUAGUUCUACUAUAUGUCUAUAUGUAAGGUUUUCCAUGCCUGUGACUUAUGAGAAUGCAUCUGGGUGCUUUGUAUCAGAAGUUUCCUUAUGCUUUUUUCUUUUCUUUUCUUUUACUUUUUUUUUAUGAGACAUUUGAAUCAAACUUUUCCUUUUCUUUUU